CGGCGGCCGGACCGACAUGGGUCCCAGGCCGGGAAAGGGCCGGAACAGCCGGACGAGACGAUCGUCCAGUCCGAUGACCGGAACCGCAGCGGGGGCGCUGAUGAACACCACCAACGCGACCAUGACGACGACGACCACCACCACCGCUUCGACUUCGGUCGUGGCUGGCUACGAACUGUACCAGAAGUCUCUGUUGGAGGUGCCGUGGCCGCACGCCGAGUACGGAGAGGCGUCCAGCGACGACUUGAGCUCCGAAUGGGACUCUGACGUACCCGAACCGCAACUCAACUCAAAGCAUUCCGGAUGGCGCAAACUCAGGAACAUUGUUCAGUGGACGCCGUUUUUUCAGACCUACAAAAAGCAGAGGUAUCCGUGGGUGCAGCUAGCCGGACACCAAGGUAAUUUCAAAGCCGGCCCGGAGCCCGGUACGAUUCUCAAAAAACUGUGUCCCAAGGAACAGUUGUGCUUCCAAGUGCUGAUGAAGGACAUAUUGAGACCGUUCGUGCCCGAGUACAAAGGACACUUGACCACCGACGACGGAGACCUAUACCUUCAACUAGAAGACUUGUUGGGCGACUUUACUUCGCCGUGCGUGAUGGACUGCAAGAUCGGCGUCCGAACGUAUCUGGAAGAAGAACUGGCGAAAGCGAAAGAGAAACCCAAGUUGAGAAAGGACAUGUACGAGAAAAUGAUUCAGAUCGACCCGAACGCGCCGUCGGAAGAAGAACACCGGCUGAAGGGCGUGACAAAGCCUAGAUACAUGGUUUGGAGGGAGACGAUUUCGUCGACGGCUACGCUGGGCUUCCGGAUCGAGGGGAUCAAGAAGAGCGACGGGAAAUCGAGCAAGGACUUCAAGACGACCAAGAGCAGGGAUCAAGUAAUCGAGGCGUUUCGAGACUUCGUCGCCGGUUUCCCGCACGUUAUCCCCAAAUACAUCAGCCGAUUGAGAGCAAUCCGAGACACGUUGGUGGAGUCCAAGUUUUUCACCACUCACGAGGUGAUUGGUAGUUCGCUGCUGUUCGUGCACGACAGCAAGAACGCCAACAUAUGGUUGAUCGAUUUUGCCAAGACGCUGAUACUUCCGCAGGAAACCAAGAUUAAUCACACGUCCGAGUGGGUGGUCGGCAACCACGAGGACGGUUACCUGAUCGGUAUCAACAACCUGUUGGACAUUUUCACCGAGAUGACCACGUUUCCGGUCACGCUCAUCGAAGUCACGGCCCCGUCCGAAGUCAUCUGAACAUCAACGCCUAUGCCAACCCACGUGUCACCCCUUUUCCCCGUCAUUGUAGCAUCGUCCGUCAGUCCCGCGAUCCAUUUCCAUUAUUGUGAUAUAUAUAAGUAAAAAAAAAAAAA